GAUCCCCAGGUGAAGCUGAUCGAUUACAUCCACAGGCAGCGACAGUGCAAGCUGAGCGUGCCCCUGAGCGACAGAACAGCCGAGCUCAACAGCUACCCCCGCUUCAACGACUGGCUGGACAUCGUCAACGUCAGGAAAGAGGUGGUGCAGAGAAUACCAGAGGAGCUGACCCUGGAUGCCUUACUAGAAAUGAAUGAGUCCAAGGUGAAAGAAACAAUGAAGARAUGUGGAGCCAGAGAUGAGGAGUGCUCCAGGCUCAACGGGGCCCUGAGCUGCCUGCGGAAGGUGACAGAGUCAGGAGGUGAACUGAAGGACGAUGUGCCCGUGGCCCUCCCCGAGCGCCGGGACAGCUCCUCCUCGCAGCCAGAGCCGCUGGGCCCCGCCUGGUCCCCGAGCACCCCGGCCAAGGGCAGCCAGCAGCAGCAGCAGCCGCGCUCCGUGUCGGUGGGCACGGCCCCUCCCUGCGAGCCCCCCGCGCCCAGCCACGGGCCCUGUCCCUACACAGAGACCCUGCUGGAGCCCCUGGUGCUGCCGACGGCCGCGGGCAGGCCCAGGACUCCGCACAGCAUCACCGUCACCCCCCCGGCCACGCCGCAGCCCAAGCGCCGGCACCGCCUGAAGCCGCCGCGGACGCCGCCGCCGCCCUGCCGAAAGGUGUUCCAGCUGCUGCCCAACUUCCCGACCCUCACCCGCAGCAAAUCCCACGAGUCUCAGCUGGGCAACAGGAUAGACGAAGUUCCUCCCAUAAAGUUCGAGCUGUCCCAGGGAUCCCCCCAGACGGUACGAAGAGACUUUGGCCUGGCUGUAACUCACAGGUUCUCUACAAAAUCCUGGUUAUCUCAGAUUUGCCAAGUGUGCCAGAAAAGCAUGAUGUUCGGGGUGAAGUGUAAGUACUGCAGAUUAAAAUGUCACAACAAAUGUACUAAAGAGGCACCUGCUUGUAGAAUAUCCUUCCUUCCCAUAGCAAAAAUUAGAAGAACAGAGUCUGUCCCRUCUGAUAUCAAUAAUCCAGUAGACAGACCCACAGAACCCCAGUUUGGAACUCUCCCCAAAGCACUAACUAAAAAGGAGCAUCCACCAGCAAUAAACCACCUGGACUCCAGCAGUAAUCCUUCCUCUACAACCUCAUCCACUCCCUCUUCUCCAGCACCUUUCCAGUCUUCCAACCCUCCCAGCGCGACGCCUCCCCCAAACCCUUCUCCCAUGGGCCAGAGAGAUGGGAGAUUUAACUUCCCAGCUGCCUACUACCUCCAGCAUAGACAACAGUUUGUCUUCCCAGAAAUCCCCAGUCCUGCACAAACAGCACAGCCUUCAGAAACUGCUGCAGACACUAAUGCUGCCCAGCAGCCCAGCACGGGCGGAGGUGCACGGGAAGCACAGGUGGAGGAGCCAGAGGUCAGUAAAUCAGAGCCUGAAGAUGAUGAGGAUGAGGUGGAAGAUUUGCCCAACCGGCGGCCGCACCUGCAGGGGAUGAUCUACCGCAAACCCAGCCAGACCAGCGUGUACCUGCAGGAGUGGGACAUCCCCUUCGAGCAGAUCCAGCUGGGGGAUCCCAUCGGCCAGGGCCGCUGGGGCAAGGUCUACAAGGGCAAGUGGCACGGGGAGGUGGCCAUCAGGCUGCUGGAGAUCGAUGGCAACAACCAGGAUCAUCUCAAACUCUUCAAGAAGGAGGUGAUGAACUACAGGCAGACSCGGCAUGAGAACGUGGUGCUGUUCAUGGGAGCCUGCAUGAACCCCCCUCACUUGGCAAUCAUUACCAGCUUCUGCAAAGGAAGGACGCUGCACUCCUUUGUGAGGGACCCCAAGAUCUCCCUGGACAUCAACAAAACGCGGCAGAUAGCACAGGAGAUCAUAAAGGGCAUGGGGUAUCUGCACGCAAAGGGGAUUGUACAUAAGGAUCUGAAAUCCAAAAAUGUCUUCUAUGACAAUGGAAAAGUUGUGAUCACCGACUUUGGAUUAUUUGGAAUUUCAGGUGUGGUUCAGGAAGGAAGGAGGGAGAAUGAACUGAAGCUGCCUCAUGACUGGUUGUGCUACCUGGCYCCUGAGAUUGUCCGGGAGAUGGCCCCAGGGAAAGAUGAAGACAAGCUGCCUUUCUCCAAAGCUGCAGACAUCUAYGCCUUUGGGACCGUGUGGUACGAGCUGCAGGCUCGGGAGUGGCCGUUCAAGAGCCAGCCUGCAGAGGCUCUCAUCUGGCAGAUCGGCAGCGGCGAGGGAGUGAGACAGGUCCUGGCCACUGUCAGUCUGGGCAAGGAGGUCAAUGAAAUCCUCUCWGCCUGCUGGGCCUUCGACCUCAGUGAGAGGCCCAGCUUCACUGUCCUCAUGGAAAUGCUUGAAAAACUGCCAAAACUGAACCGCCGGCUCUCCCACCCAGGGCACUUCUGGAAGUCUGCGGACAUUAACAGUAGCAAAGUUGUCCUGCGUUUUGAAAGAUUUGGCUUGGGGAUCCUGGAACCGAGUAACCCAAAGCUGUAGCCCGGUGUCAUUGUGACCAUGUUGGCUGCCUGCUCCCACCCAGCACCAGAAACCCUCCCUGGCUCCUCCACGCCGAGCCUGGUGCGGCCCCUCUGAAGACCAUCAGCUCAGCCCGGUCCUGCCUGAGCACCAGCAGUUAUUUAAACAAUGUUUACAUGAUACUUUUGUGUGAACUAUAUUUUUAUAAACAUAAUAAACUGGUGAAUCGAGUUGAACUACAGCCAUUCUGAAAUAGCACUGAAAAAAGAGAAGAGCUGUUCCUGGUUCCUCCUUGUGUCCACRGUCAGGAGGAGCCACUCUCUGCCUUCAGAGUGGGUUCCCCUGGCAGUGGCACCUCUGGGUGGUGGCUCCUGAGAGGCUUUGACUUUCCAGAGGAAAUUCUUCCCUGAGGGUAGAACCCAGCCUGCUGCACUGGGACUCGCCCAAAGCGGGGCUGGUCCAGCUCUGGGUCACCCUGAAUUGGGCUGCACCAAAACAGAUCUGCAGGGAGAGUGUCUGGCCGUGGGGUCAGUUAAUGGCUCAAGUGCUCUUCUCCACAGAACUCACACUGAAACCUGCUCCUUCUCAUACAACCCCAGAGGAAUUAAGAAUUGCUGGCCUUAAAAAAACUAAUGACUUGUUACAGCUCUGCACAGGGACCAAAUUCUUCUGUUGAAGUUCAGGCACAAGUUCAAGUGCAGGGAAGGGCARGAGAGACAGGACAAGGGAUAAGCUGUCCCUAAAUAAUGCAUUAACUAAGGCCUGGGUGCACAGAGCUGCAGAGYCAUUGCACACACACAGCAGUUGGCACAUUAAAGCUUGCAAGCUCUUUGAUAAACAUAGGACUAAAGCAGUUACUUUGGGGAAGAAACCCCUUAAGAAUGACAGAAAUCUUGCAGCCGAGAAGGCAGUACCUGGGCCUGGAGGCCCUGCCUCACCUUAGCAGCUCAAAAUUUUCACAGAGAGUAGUUUUAAACCCAAAAGCCGUCACCCCCAUCUCCAGUGCAGUGUGGAGGUUAUGGAGGUGACACCAAGCUGAGGUGACAGAUGCAUCAUUCCCCUUGGUAAUGGCUCCCCUUUCCCCACCAUCACCCCAAAGCUCAGGGGGAGCUCCCCAAUCUUCUGUGAGCAGGCAAAGCACCAGCCCUCAGUUUGGCUGCCUUGUGUCAAGAACUAAGUGGCACAAAACCUGAGUUCUGUUGAGCAGAGAGCUUCACUGCCGUGUGCAAGUCAGUUGUAGCCUCUUACAAGUGUUGACAAAGACUUUUUAAACGUCUCAGAUACGCAAGAGGAACAGGAUUUGGCAUGGCCAGGCACUGCAGUGCUGUCCUGAUCCCCUCUCCCCUCCCACGUUAAAGGCAYGGCUGCUGCACCCUCGGGCUCCACAGGACUCUGCUGUUUGUUCUCACCGUGUGGCAGCAGCUUUAGGCAGAAAUUGUUUUCCCCCAAGUGCUGCUUAGGAACAGCACAUCAACCCAAAGCAGGGAAAAAAGAUGCUGCCCCUCGGCUGGAACCCUGCAUGCCCUAGGGAAGGGCAGGAGCUGCUGGUCCUUGGCUCAGCCCGUGGCCGAGGGUGGCAGCGGCCUCGGGGUGCUCCUCACUCAGUUUUUGGGUGCAUAAACCAGGCCCUGAGAGCUGGGACACCCCAAGGUUCUGUUUGGGAUCAAGGGCGCGGGGUUCCUUGUCACAGCUGUCCCCUUUGUGCAGGGCUGGCCCUGGCUGUGGAGCCCUGUGUGUCCUGCCAUGCCCCAGUUGGAUGCUGUGGGAUGUGCCCAUUGGGAACGUGCCCUGCUCCAGUCCUGGCACUGGGGGUGUUCAUAACUGCCUUUAACAGGGGAUUGGGGUUGCAAUGGAGCCUGGGCUGGGUGGUGCAGGGACACCCCAAAGUGCCCUGAGCACAGAGCUCCCCCUGUGCCCAGCACAGCCCACGAGAACCGAGCCCAUCUCGGGGUCAUUCCUGUCUCGGUCACCCUGCGGGGGCACAGGGGGCACAGGGGGCACAGGGAUGGGGGCACAGAGCCCUCCCAGCCCCACUCACCAAGCGACAGUCCCUGGGUUGUGUUUGGUCCCAGUCCCACCCCCAGCCCGUCCCGGUGGAGCUGUCAAUGUGACAAUGCUGUGCAAUGCUGCUACAGGAGCCACACGUCAGUAGUGAAUGUAAAUGGUCGUAACAUGGUGAACAUGGACACGUUUUCUUUUCAAAUGUGAUGUAAACUUUGUACAGUACAAAUUUUUUUUUUAUAUUUUCUAUGAAUUGAGUGUCUUCCAGAAUUGCUAUUAAAUUAAUUACAAAUUGUUAGGAUUAACAACAGUUUCUGUAUUAGUUUAUGCAACCAGGAAAGAAAAAAAAAAAAGUACGAGUGCACUCUAUGCUACUGGAAUUCUGGAUAUGUAGGAAUCUUUUCAGUGAAUAAAUCUUUGGUCUGGAUAAAGUAAGUGGUUUGACCUUUCCUUCC